GUGGAAGCAAGCAUUCAGUAUACUUGUAGCCUGUAGGCGUGAAGGUCCAGGGCAAUUAUGCUCUGGUCUGGUUUCUAAAAGCAAGGGUUGGAAAUGUCCCCAAGUCCCAAAAAAUGAUUCACAGCUUUUAGGAACGUCAUGUUACACAAAAGAG